AUGGCCUUGAUUCAGUUUUGUCGAAGUGACUUUGAACAUCUAGGAUGGGAGAAGAAGCUGUCUAGAUGGAAGAGAUACUUAAAUUUUCCAACUGGAAGUACCGCUGUGCUGCAGGUGGUCAUGUCGACGGGAUUGAUAUGGGAACGCACGAACUCUCCAAUCCCGAGAUGGAACAUCGUCAUGGCCUGGGAUCUCGGCUUCAAGCUGCCCAAUAACACCCGGCUGACUUUCGGCACGAGAAAUCGCAGGUACUCGAAGACCUGUGAGAUAGACUAUUACCUCCACAGAAGAGAAAGACGGGAACUGUACCGCAGCAUCGAGGGAAUCCUGGACGUGCAUGGCGUUGAUGGUCAUAUUUGCAUACUAAGAACACUUUGCGAAGCCAAGGAUCACCUCAAGCCCGGAAGGUCCCUAGUGGAAGAUAUCUUGCAUGUUAUGUUCACAAUCCCACACGGAGGAGGGGAUGAAUUUGAAGCAGACGGUUAUGACAGAGCUGCAACCGACAGCUUCUGCAACUCCAUUGAAACACGUUGCCCGUUUUCAUUUCUGCAAUAUUUACUUGCAUGAUUAAAUGAUCUAAUAAAUUCAAAUCUUGUCGGAAUUAUAAUUGAGCUGCAGUAGAGCAAAACUGCAAAUAUGCCGUGACCUCAAGAUGGCGUGUUAUGACACUGAACUUGCGAGACUUAAGUGUUCAUGGUAGUUGAAAGGAUUUUUCAGCAUUUCAUGAAGUGUCUCGCAUUGUGUAUUUUGUGAGAACUGAAGUUGCCACCGCGAAGAUGUCGAGUGUAAUCUUCUGGGUUGUGACGCCGUGCAGGUUUGUAAGUUAUUACCACAUAAAAGAUGGAGGUUAUACCCUCCUCCGUCGUUGGUUACUACCUACAAAACUAC